UCCCCAGAGAGUUUCCCAGCGGGGGCGGCCGGGGCUGCCUGUCCCCUCGGCGCUGCCGGCAUUUCCCCCCUCGAGGCUGUUGCCGAGCUCGGAGCCGGGGGAGGCGGCGGCGGCGGCGGCGGCGGCAGCGGCAGAGAGCGAGGGAAGCGAGCACAUGAAUCAGUUUCUCUCUGUAUCCGGCUCCGGGCAGAGGCGGCGACCAUAGCGGGGAGGAGGGGAGAGGGGGGAAAAAGCGGCUACUGCAGCAGCCGCGGUAGCGGCUGCAGCGGGGGGGUGGCUCCCCUUGCCACCUGGCCGCCGAGGUGCUGAAGCACUGGUGCUCGCCGAGACGCAACCGAGACGUUUGUCCCUCCUGCCGGAGCUACGCGGCCUCAGCUGCCAAAUGUGCGGAGGGGAGAGACUUUUGCUCAAAAUCCCCCGAUCGUAAAUACACAGAAAGCGGAAGAAGAGCCACCGCCGAGCAGCUGCAGGAGGAGGGGAGGGGGACAGCAAUAUUGUUUCUGCUGUAGUCGGGGAGGCUGAUGGCGGAGUUUGGCAGCGGUGGCGGCACCGGCGGCGGGGGGCUCCCUUCCUCCCCGGGGCCGGUCCAAGGGAAGGUGGCCUUCAAGGCAGGAGAUGGGGAAGGAGGAGGAGGUGGCGGCGGCGGCGGCGGGAGAUUCCGCUUUGACAGUGCGGGCAGCCGGGUCUCCAACGGGGACUGUGCCCUAGCGGGAGCCGGCGACGAGCCGGGAUCAGCUCCUCCUGCAAGCCCGGAGAGCUGCAGCAAAGAGAAAGGAUUUUCCACCUGUCAACAACGAGAAGGCAAACCUGGCAUCCCCCGGAGGAGCAGCAUAAUUAAGGAUGGUACGAAACAAAAGCGAGAGCGGAAAAAGACUGUGUCGUUUAGCAGUAUGCCAACUGAGAAAAAGAUCAGCAGUGCAAGUGACUGUAUAAACGCGAUGGUUGAAGGCUCUGAGCUCAAAAAGAUUCGAUCCAACUCUAGGGUGUAUCACCGAUACUUUCUUUUAGAUGCAGAUAUGCAGUCUCUACGCUGGGAGCCUUCAAAAAAGGAUUCUGAAAAAGCAAAGAUUGAUAUUAAAUCAAUCAAAGAAGUAAGAACAGGAAAAAAUACAGAUAUUUUUCGCAGCAAUGGAAUAUACGACCAGAUAUCAGAAGACUCUGCAUUUUCCAUUAUAUAUGGAGAAAACUAUGAGUCACUAGAUCUUGUUGCUAACUCAGCAGACAUUGCAAAUAUUUGGGUUACUGGCUUAAGAUACCUGAUUUCUUACGGAAAACAUACUCUAGAUAUGAUAGAAAGUACUCAAGAUAAUAUGCGGACUUCAUGGCUUUCACAGAUGUUCAGUGAAUCAGAUGUAGAUAAUUUGGGACAUAUACCGCUGUGUAAUGCUGUACAGUUUAUAAAAGACUUAAAUCCUGGUUUAAAAACUAAUAAAAUUGAACUAAAAUUCAAAGAAUUACAUAGAUCCAAGGAAAAAACUGGUACUGAAGUAACAAAAGAAGAGUUUAUUGAAGUUUUUCAUGAGCUUUGUACCAGACCUGAAAUCUAUUUCCUGUUGGUUCAGUUUUCAAGCAAUAAAGAAUUCCUAGAUACCAAGGACCUCAUGAUGUUUUUAGAAGCAGAACAGGGUAUGGCACAUGUCACGGAAGAAAUAAGCCUUGAAAUUAUUCAGAAAUACGAGCCAGCCAAAGAGGGCCAGGAGAAGGGUUGUCUUUCUAUAGAUGGGUUUACAAAUUACCUUACUUCACCAGACUGCCACAUAUUUGAUCCAGAACAUAAAAAAGUUUGUCAAGAUAUGAAACAACCUUUAUCUCAUUAUUUUAUAAAUUCAUCUCAUAAUACAUACUUGAUAGAGGAUCAGUUUCGAGGGCCUUCUGACAUCACAGGUUACAUUCGCGCUCUUAAAAUGGGUUGUCGAAGUGUUGAACUGGAUGUAUGGGAUGGUCCGGAUAAUGAACCUGUGAUUUACACAGGGCAUACAAUGACAUCACAGAUUGUCUUCCGUAGUGUGAUUGACAUUAUUAACAAGUAUGCAUUUUUUGCUUCAGAAUACCCUCUUAUUUUGUGUUUAGAAAAUCAUUGUUCUAUUAAGCAGCAGAAAGUGAUGGUACAACACAUGAAGAAAAUUUUGGGGGACAAACUACAUACACAGUCUCCAAACAUUGAAGACUCUUAUCUUCCAUCACCGGAAUCACUUAAAGGGAAAAUACUAAUUAAAGCAAAGAAGCUUUCCUCUAAUUGUUCUGGACUAGAGGGAGAUGUUACAGAUGAAGAUGAAGGAGCAGAAAUGUCACAGAGAGUGGGGAAAGAAGGGGUGGAACAGCAAAACUCAAUGACAGGGAAACGAUUUCAGCUGUGCAAAGAACUCUCUGAGUUGGUAAGCAUAUGUAAAUCUGUUCAGUUCAAAGAGUUUCAAGUUUCAUUUCAGCUCCAGAAGUACUGGGAAGUGUGCUCAUUUAAUGAAGUGCUUGCUAGCAAAUAUGCCAAUGAGAACCCAGGAGACUUUGUAAAUUAUAACAAACGUUUUCUUGCGAGAGUUUUCCCCAGUCCUAUGAGGAUUGACUCUAGUAAUAUGAAUCCCCAGGACUUCUGGAAAUGUGGUUGUCAGAUAGUAGCAAUGAACUUUCAAACGCCUGGCUUAAUGAUGGAUCUUAACAUUGGUUGGUUUCGGCAAAAUGGAAACUGUGGCUAUGUCCUUCGUCCUGCUAUCAUGAGAGAAGAAGUAUCCUUCUUCAGUGCGAAUACAAAAGACACCGUGCCUGGAGUUUCGCCUCAGCUGCUUCAUAUUAAAAUCAUUAGUGGGCAAAACUUUCCUAAACCCAAAGGAUCAGGUGCCAAAGGUGAUGUUGUGGAUCCUUAUGUCUAUGUUGAAAUACAUGGAAUCCCUGCCGACUGUGCAGAGCAAAGGACGAAAACUAUGCAUCAGAAUGGGGAUAAUCCAAUUUUUGAUGAAAGCUUUGAAUUUCAAAUAAAUUUACCAGAACUAGCUAUGGUGCGUUUUGUAGUACUGGAUGAUGAUUACAUUGGGGAUGAGUUUAUCGGGCAGUACACUAUUCCCUUUGAGUGUCUACAGACUGGUUAUCGGCACGUUCCUCUGCAGUCUUUAACUGGUGAAAUUUUAGCACAUGCUUCCUUGUUUGUGCACGUGGCCAUUACUAAUCGAAGGGGUGGUGGGAAACCUCAUAAGCGGGGCCUGUCUGUGAGGAAGGGCAAGAAAUCAAGGGAGUAUGCUUCUAUGAGAACAUUAUGGAUUAAAACAAUUGAUGAAGUGUUCAAGAAUGCUCUCCAACCUAUUCGGGAUGCCACGGAUUUGAGAGAAAAUAUGCAGAAUGCAGUAGUUUCAUUCAAAGAGUUAUGUGGCCUCUCUCCUGUAGCAAAUCUUAUGCAGUGCAUUUUGGCAGUGUCUAUGCGCUUGGUUGGGCCUGAUAAUACACCCUUGGUAGUACUGAAUCUCAAUGAUCAGUAUCCGACUAUGGAGCUCCAAGGGAUUGUUCCAGAGGUCUUGAAGAAAAUUGUAACAGCGUAUGACAUGGAUCAAGACUCAAUUUCAGACAAAGAGAAAGAGUAUGGUAGUGCUUCUAGCUCUAAAUUAUAUUGAAGAUAAGUAAAAAUUAAGAUUAUUCUCGUCAAAUAAAACUUAUAAAUUAAAAUAAUGAGAUACAUUUCAAUUUGUGAAACUUUGGUCUUGCCAAUACUCUGACCAGUUUGACAAAAGGUUUUAAGCAAUUAAAAUCUGUAGGGCAUAAUGGAAAAUGAAGUCAGCCAUGGGAGCCAUACUGAUAGCACUUGUUUCUGAAAGCACAUUGUGAAACAGUGGGAGACAUCCUUAUCAUCCUUUCCUCAAGGGGAGGAGAAGAGAUGGGAAGCUAUUUAGCUCAUAUAUUGAUAUUUGCUACAGUGGCAGGUGUUUAGAGUCUGAUACUAUCGUAAAUAGUGUUCUUUUUGUGGGUUUUUGGUGUAAAUUAAUAUAGUGAGCCCUCAAAAUGACACAUUUUAUCUCAAUGGUUGUGUUUGGCUUGAGAAUUUUUUUGACGUGAUUAAUUAACAAGUGGGGGUAAAAUUCAGCUUAAUAAUGAGAAGUCUUAUCCAGAAUUAAGAAAGGGUAGAUGUACUGUCAAAGUAAUGAUUACCUACUUUUCUUAUUUUCUGCUGGCUUAGGCCUCAAUAUAGGUCAAAGUUAUAUGACUAUGUUCUUCCACUGUGUGAAGUACUGUAAGUAUGAAAUCGUGUUGAUAACAGAAAUUGUGUUAAAUGUUUAUUAAAUAAACCUUAGUUAGUACCGUAAAUGCAUAGGCUGUCAUUACCUUGUGUGCAUUCUCAGUGUGGCAUAUGUAAUGAUAUUCUCAAAGUACUGCUGUUUCAGGUUCACGGUAUUUUUGGCUAAUGAAGGGAUUCUUAUUUGUCAAAAAUACUCUCCUUUUUAUAAAAUGAUAAUAAAUGCAGAAAGCAAUAUUCAGCCAAGAUUUUUAAUUAUUCAGAAUUUGUUUCUACGGGGAGUGGUUAAAGGACUCAUCGUUGCUCUGUAAAGUGAGAAAGCAUGUAAGACCUUUACAGUGAGACAGUCAGUCCAUGUUGAAAUAAUUACAAAAGAGUGCAGUAAUGCAGGCGCACAUGGAAAGGUGAGAAUAUCUUCAGUGUAGCACAGGUACAUAUAUUUUUUAAAGAAAAAAUGAGGCAAAUGAUAAGAAGUUAAUUAGCAUAUCACUAGAUACUUGGGUUUUUUACAUGUAAACAAAUAGCACAUGCUUUCUUAAAUUGUUAGCAUUCACUACUACAUUAAUGGAGGAGCUAUAAGUGAUAAAGGCUAGUAUUAUUCACGGGUUAAAAUAAUGUAUUUUUGAAUUUAAUGAGUAAUUUGUCACCAACAUUACUGGAACCAGUUUACCCAGAAAAUAAAAGGAUCUUUUGCUUUUAUCCAUGUUAUAGGAGCUGGGGUCUCUUUUCAGAAUAAUGAAAAACAAAUAUAACUAGAACUUUUAAGACAGAAGUUUAAGUUGUGUAUUUUUCUCUAGCUUCUCCAUGCUCCUGAGUAUUUUUCACCCUAACAUCUUUUCACUGUUUAACAAUGUUUUAUUUUUCCCUCUCGUUCAUG